CUGGGUGUGGUUAGUACUGAGACUUUAGAGCUGUGUUCCGUUAGCAGUAGAGUUUUACAGCUACAUACUCGCUCAUUUGCUUUUCUGCUAUCAAUUCUGAAACCGGACUUGUAUGGGAAGAAGCUGAAACCAUCAAGGGACAAGUUACUGACAACAUACAAGCCAGGAUGCCAAAAACUAUCAGCGUACGUGUGACCACUAUGGAUGCAGAGUUGGAAUUUGCAAUCCAGCCCAAUACCACAGGGAAGCAGCUCUUUGACCAGGUCGUUAAAACAAUUGGCCUCCGGGAAGUCUGGUUCUUUGGACUGCAGUACCAGGAUACCAAGGGCUUCUCCACAUGGCUAAAGCUUAACAAAAAGGUGACAGCCCAGGAUGUAAGAAAAGACAGUCCUCUCUUAUUCAAAUUUCGAGCCAAAUUCUACCCAGAAGAUGUGUCUGAGGAGUUGAUCCAAGAUAUCACCCAGCGACUGUUCUUCCUACAAGUGAAGGAGGGGAUUCUCAAUGAUGAUAUCUAUUGUCCUCCAGAGACAGCAGUUCUCCUGGCCUCCUACGCUGUGCAGGCCAAAUAUGGAGACUUUAAUAAGGAUGUGCAGAAAUCAGGCUACCUUUCAGGGGACAAAUUGCUUCCACAGAGAGUUCUUGAGCAGCAUAAACUCACAAAGGACCAGUGGGAGGACAGGAUUCAGGUCUGGCAUGAGGAGCACAGAGGGAUGCUCAGGGAGGAUGCUAUUCUGGAAUACCUGAAGAUUUCACAGGAUCUGGAAAUGUACGGAGUGAAUUACUUCAGUAUUAAAAAUAAGAAGGGCUCUGAGCUGUGGCUGGGAGUUGAUGCACUUGGCUUGAACAUUUAUGAACAAAAUGACAGAUUGACACCAAAGAUCGGUUUCCCUUGGAGUGAAAUCAGAAAUAUUUCAUUCAACGAUAAGAAGUUUGUUAUCAAACCCAUCGACAAGAAAGCUCCAGACUUUGUGUUCUAUGCCCCACGUUUACGGAUCAAUAAGAGAAUUUUGGCUCUAUGCAUGGGGAACCAUGAAUUGUACAUGAGGCGCAGGAAGCCUGACACCAUUGAGGUGCAGCAAAUGAAAGCCCAGGCACGAGAAGAGAAGCACCAGAAACAGAUGGAGAGAGCCGUUUUAGAAAAUGAGAAGAAAAAGAGAGAAUUAGCUGAGAAAGAGAAAGAAAAGAUUGAGCGUGAGAAAGAGGAACUCAUGGAACGCCUGCGGCAGAUUGAAGAGCAGACCAAGAAGGCACAGGAAGAUUUGGAGGAGCAAACCCGAAAGGCUCUGGAGUUAGAAGAAGAAAGGAGACGGGCUCAGGAGGAAGCAGAGAAGCUUGCCAGGGAACGCCAGGCUGCUGAAGAAGCUAAAGAGGCACUGCUGAAGCACUCUCAGGAUCAGAUGAAGAACCAAGAGCAGCUGGCCGCAGAGCUGGCUGAGUUAACUGCUACAAUUUCUCAGUUGGAAAUUGCCAGGCAGAAGAAGGAAAGUGAAGCACAAGAGUGGCAAGAUAAGGCUCAUACAGUUUCAGCUGAUCUAGAAAAGACCAAGGAAGAGCUGAAACAUGUGAUGACUUCUACUCAUGUGCAAGAGCCAAUUAAUGCUGAGAAUGAACAAGAUGAUGAACAAGAUGAGAACAAUGCAGAAGCAAGCGCAGAACUGCGAGCAGAGCCAACCAUCAAGGACCGCAGUGAGGAAGAUCGUACUACAGAAGCUGAGAAAAAUGAGAGGGUACAGAAACAUCUGCAGCUUUUAAGCUCUGAGCUAGCAAAUGCCAGAGAUGAGACCAAGAAGACAGCAAAUGAUAUUCUCCAUCGUGAGAAUGUGCUUGCAGGAAGAGACAAAUACAAGACUCUUCGCCAGAUCCGUUCAGGCAAUACCAAACAACGUAUAGAUGAAUUUGAGUCCAUGUAACAGCUGUAUAACCUUUACGUGUGUCCAUUCCAUACAAGUGCCCUUCUUUUCCAUGGCUCAGCUGGAACCACCACUGGGAUGAGUCAGGGUUUGAUGCAGUACAAUCACAAGCCUCUACUCUGUAUCUUGUGUUGCCAUGUACACUCUAAAAAAGAUUUGUUUAAUCUAUUUAAGCUUGCCUUUUAGGGCAUGUUCAACAGGGGGUCACAGCAAUGUCUUUAGAUCUCUCCAGCAGUUUAAGGUUUUAUAUAGUGGUUCUAAUCACAUUGUAUAUUGGGCUGGUAUUUCCGAUAUUUAGUAUUCAAUAUAUUUUCUAUUUGUUACAUAGUUCUAGAAUUUAGACAUUGUGCCAUAUUCCUGUCCUCUCUAAAUAAAGAUUUUGAGAAUGUGUAUUGUAUUGCACACGGUUUAAAUGUGGGAAUCCUAUGAAGAAGAAAACAACAAUUUGGUUUAUACCUAAAAUAAGAUGAACAUCUCCAGUAUGAUGUACAAUCUAGCACUUAAUCCUAUCCAUUUUUUUCUGACUUGAUUCUAUAGCUUAACAUAUGUCAUCAUAUCCUAUUGCCUCCAUUUCCUUAAUUCUCAGAGGAACAAAAAAGUAUUAUGUGACCAAUCUCCACUGCAUGUAUAACUUUCCAGUCUAAGAUGUUUUGUUGCAUUAUGGCUGAUGGGCCUGUAAAGUUUUAAAUUGAUCCUUUGGUAUGUAACACCUUCACUGCUGGGGAGUAUUGAAUGCACACCCUUCCCCUAUGGGUAAAUAUAGUUCCAUGCUAUCAUUGUCUCCCUUUCUCCUAAUUUACCAGUAUUAUAUUAUCCUGUAAAAUCUAAUUAUAUGAUUUUGCCUGUUUUUUUCUAGCUAUGCACAGAUUAGUAAAUCCUAGAAAGGAAUAGGCAAAUCUUACUUUUGGAAAAUAAAUAAAACUUUAUAUACUGUAUUAUAAAUAAGAGGUUAUUUUGCAACAAAUGUAAAGUUUAAAAAGUAUUAAAGUCAAAGAAUUCUUUUUUUUUUAAAUUUGUUUUGUUAACUGCAUAACUUUUUUUUUUUUUCUGUUUCUCUCCCUGUAAUUUAUGUUGAUGGAAAUUUAACCACAAACAUAGCCAGCAUUCAGGGUCUUGUCUAAUUAAACCUGUGCUGGUUCCCUAUUAAGUUUCUCUUCUUUUUUUUUUAUUUUUUAUUCACUCUCCCAUUCCUUGUUCUGAACAGAAUUUGUUCUGUUCUUACAGUGCCAAUAAAGUUUGGAGAAAAAAAUAAAAAA